CAUACAUAUAUGUGCAUAGAAAUAAUGUCUCGGCAUACAUCGUACGCUGUCGUGAGAACUAUGUAUAACGUAAAUAAGUAAAACAAAAAUCAGCUAAAUAGGAGAAACCUGUAUGCACGAGUCGUGAAAGUGAAGUAACAAAACAGUGUUGCGUUAACCAUAUUUUAAUUACACACUAAGAAUGCUAACUAACUCUCGUUCCCGCUAUUUCAUGUUCACGUACAGAGCGACAAGAACUACUACUUACUAGACUCAAGAUUAUUUUCACCGUUUUCUGUUGUUAACUUUUGUUAAUACAUGAAAGUAGCAAAAAUUAUUAUUGUUAGAGAAAGUAUUUGUCUAUCUUAAUUCUAAACUAUAAUUUAAACCUGUCUUUCAAAUAAAUACGUUACAACCAAUUACAUACCUUCGCAGUCCUUAAAAUAUCGUCGUUUUGUGAAAACAUAUUAUUGAUUCCCUACAAAAGUGACAUAACUAGGACGAAUAAGUUUUUCAUAAAAUCAGUUGAAGUAGAAUGUUUUGAGUAGAAAAUUAUUAAUAAUUCAGCCAAAUUCGUGGUUUUUAAGUGACCUAUUACGAUGGAUCAAGGAUUUCCAGCACAACAUACUACAACGACGACGGUAACGACCGCUUCUACUACGACACUGACAAGUAUUCGAUUUGACCCAUCUUACUUAAAAACGUUACCUGGAAUGCUCAAAAUCGCACAGGUGGUCUUGAACUUUUUAGGUUUCAUAUGCAUUACGGUAACGAGUCAUAGCAAUUUUAGUCGCGGAGCAUGGUUUAACACUGUGGCCAUGGGUGGUUUUUGGUUCACAGGAAUAUUACUCCUUUUCUACUUAUUCCAUAUCGUUGAAAAAUUCUCGAAAAUUCCUUGGCUAAAAAUAGAACUUACAUUUUGCUUACUUUGGACUAUUUUCUAUAUGCUGGCCGCUUCUCUUGUAGCUGGUUAUGCUAAAUAUAUAGAAUCUUUUGGUGCUGCAGCAUUCUUUGGAUUCUGCGCCAUGGUAGCUUACGGUUAUGACGCCUGGCUCAAGUUCCAUGCCUCAAGAAGCGGUGCCUUAGCGCAGGGACAGCAUACACCAAAACAAGUAUCUACGGUAGCGAGUCCUGCGUACUAGUUUCAUCACAAAAAAUAUGUGACGUUUAGAAGAAUUACACAAAUGGACCAGUUUCAAAACAUAUCUUUCCUUUUAUACAGGGAGUUUGUUCUCGUAACUCUUAUUCGUGCUUUCGUACGUUUCUCAUUUUAACAGUUGAAUAUGAAAUGCUAACAAAACAAUAACAGGCCACAACAGAUUUGAAAUUUUCAAUGAUUUCGCUAUCUUUUAUCUACAGAGCGAAUGUAUUCGCUUACGCUCGGAAGCACGAUAUUCGAUGAUUUCAUAUUUGUUUGUUAUAAGGGAAAGAUAUACGUACUAUUAUAACAUAACGCGUAUUUUUGAAUCUCUUAUAUAUACAUAUACGGUAACUGUACAUUAUUUCGUGAAUUUUUAAAGUCUGUUAAUAUUAAAAGUAAAUAUUUUUAAGAGUUAUUAUAUACAUACACAUAUAUUUGUAUACAUGUACAAGAAAUAUAUGUUUAAUCAGUAUUGUGUUCAUGUUAUAAACGAAUUGUUGAUAUAUUUGUACUCAUUUUAUAUUUAAUUUCAUACGAAUAGUAAUUCCAUCGCAUUCUUGAUUAGAAUGUCUGGGCGGAUGGUUAUAUUAAUUUAUUUAUGAUCACUCGCGAGAAGAUAAUGUUAGACUGUAUUGUAUGACAAACCAUAUUACUUUCGCCGUCUUCACUUAUUAUUAUGUAUAUUGUAUGAAAACUCAUAUACCGGUAAAAGUUAGGGAUGAAAAAAUUGCUUAUGUAAUUUAUACGCAUACUUUGAUAAUAUUACGCAGCGUGUUACAUGUAUUUUGUUAUUUUUAUUCGACUCGAACUCGAUACAGGUACCUACAUUUAUAUAUACACGAUAUAGAAAUACAUACUAACUAAUUCUAAUUACAAAUUUCAAACGCAAAGAACACACGAUGACAAUGGUCACGACAAAACUUGUAUUAUUUGAUCGAUACUUUACGAAAUAAACGAUUCAGUGUUACUUUAA